GAAUCGUUUAUCACUAAUGGUGAGGAAGGUCCGAGAACAUUUCCCAGAGGAGACCCAACAUGGCAGAACCGUCGGGAAACAAUAAACCCGCGGACAGAGGCAGAGGAAUCGUGAUCCCUGAUGACUGGCCAGGGUACCGCCUAGACCUUUUCACCCAUCCGGAGCAUUACUCAGAGGAUCUGGACUGCGUCUAUAUUCCCCACGGCGUCAUCAUGGACAGGACGGAGAGGCUGGCCAGGAACAUCAUGGAUGACCUGGGAGACCAUGACAUCGUGGUUCUGUGCGUAUUGAAAGGAGGUUAUCAGUUCUGUGCUGACCUUGUGGAGCGCAUCAAAGUCCUGAGCUGCAACUCCAGCAAGUCUCUCCUCAUGAGGGUGGACUUUAUACGCCUGAAGAGCUACCUGAAUGACCAGUCAACGCAAGACCUCCAAAUAAUAGGAGCGGAGAGUCUGUCUGUGCUGAGCGGAAAGAACGUCCUGAUCGUGGAGGCUAUAGUGGACACAGGUUUAACGAUGAAGACUCUGCUGACCCAUGUCCGAUCCUUCAGGCCCAACAUGAUCAGAGUGGCAGGUUUGCUGGUGAAAAGGGUUCCGAAUAGCUCAGGCUGUCUGCCGGACUAUGUUGGAUUUGAGAUCCCAAACCGGUUUGUGGUCGGCUACGCUUUGGAUUACAAUGAAUACUUCAGAGAUCUGAAUCAUAUCUGUGUGAUCAGUGAGAGCGGGAAGCAGAAGUACAAGGUUUGAAGUGGAACCUUGUGUCCUCCCUGCAGGCCUGUUGGAGCCUUGGAGGAUCUCUAUAGAUCACACACGGCGCAAAGAGGAGCUUCGAUGUUCCAAAUAAGCAGAAAAGCCUUCUCUGCCUGCCUCUGUCUAAAGACUGUAGCUGUUGUGCAUGGUGAACUGAGCAAGGAGAGCAUUAUAGGGUGCAGCUGUUAUCUUAAACUAGCUAGAACAUCCAUUCACUAGCCCUUGGACUUAAAAAAGCUUGAUGAUAAUACUAUUUUAUUACUUUAUUCACAAACCCAGUUCCAAAAAAAUUGGUACAGUAUGUGAAAUGCAAGUAAAAAUAGAAAGCAGUUAUUUGUAAAUCCACUUUGACCUGUAUUUAUAGGAAGACAGUACUAAAACAAGAUACUGAAAGUUUUAACUCAUUAACUGCAUAGUUUGUUUUAAAUGGGUGCUCAUUUUUAAAUUAGUGUCUGCAACAAAGUUGGGACUGGGGCAAUUUAAGACUAAAAUGCUGUGAAAUGUUCAAAAACAUCCUAACCAGUUGAUGCACUCAUGCUAAGGUAUAUAAGGAGCAUCCAGGAAAGGUCUUGUCCUUUAUGAGCAAGGACGGAUCAAAGCCUGCCACUUUGCCAAAAAAUGCAUCAGCAAAUAGUCGACCUCUGAGCUGGAGCUCAUAUGAAAUAUACUGACGCACAGUGGAAACGUGUAUUGUGGUCUAAUGAGCCAGGCUUUCAGAUUGUCUAUUGAUGUUAUGUUCUUCGGGCUGAAGAAGUAAAGGACAAUCCAGACUGUUACCAGCAUAAAGUUCAAAAUCCAGCAUCUGUCAUGGUGUCGGAGGGUAUUAGUGGGUAACUUGCACAUCUGUGAAAGCAACUUUAAUGCUGAAAAAAAUUUGGAAUGAAUAUAAUGCUGCUGUCGGAACAAAACCUUGUAUCUCCAAAAUAGUAACUUUACAAGAGAAGAAAAAAACUUUACUUCACUUUUACUGUAAGUCAAUGGAACCAAACGUUUUUCCAAGUAAUUUUCAUUUCAUGUUCAUUUCUUUUGGUCCAUUCAUCAUGAAAUUUACACAAAAUGUAAAGGGCAACCGGCAUUUUUAAAUUAUGUAAAAAACUGAAAAACAACAAAAAUGUACAAGGUUUUGUUGUAACAGCAGCGAUAUAUUUACAAAAAACAAUAAUGUUUGAGAUAGAGCAUCAAAUUUCGCAUUUUUGUACUGUUUUUAGUUUAAUACAGGUCAAACAGAAAUUACUAAUCACUGCUUUCAAUUUUUAUUGGAAUUUCACAAACUUGGGCUGGAAUUGGGUUUGUAUGUAAAUAGUACUGACAAGGUACUGAUGUUUCGAAAGCUGUAAUUGUAUGAAAACCUGAAACCUGUAUACAUAGCGUGUCUCAAUACUUGAUGAACUGCCUUGCUGCCUAAAGCCUACAUAGGCCGCUCUACCUAGGGAGCAUUUGAACCGAAAUGUCUUAUGAAGUGACUCACUCUUUCUACAUGUUAACGUUUCUUAGCUAGUAAUGUACAACAACAGGAUGAUAUCAAGCUCAUGCUAACUAGAUAAGCUAACACAUUAGUUAGCUAUCAGGCCACUGCUGAAACAAUCAGUGAAGCUGUUUACAACACCAGAGAGUGAUGCAACACCCGUUUGUGUUUGCCCAUUUCUGUCUGAGGUGAUGCAGUUUCACCUCAUAAUGGAUAAGUAGGUGAAUCCAGUUCGUUUUAUGUCAUUGGGCCUGUUCACACCUUGCAUUAACACGUUUUUGGUGAUCAGAUCACAUUUGGAUUUCACCUGACAACAUAAAAAGCCACAGGACGUAUUGUGAUCAGAUUAUGAGUGGAUCACCCAAACAACAUUCAGAGGUGGUUAAAGCAAAGGUGCCAUUACUCAUUGCCCUGUUUACAUAUUGGCUACUGAAAAACAUGUCUAUGUCUCUGUGUUGUAUUAAACUUUGAAGCCUUAUAUUUGCCAAAA